GUAGUUUCCCCUACGUGGAAGGGAAGCACAAGGGAUUUUCUCUGUUGGAAUUUUUCUCCUUCCAAAGCAUAUGUUUUUAGAAAAGACUUUUCCUGAAAUAAAACAUUAAGUAACUCAGGGGACAUUUAACUCUAGACUUGGCUUUGGGGGGCUGUGAAUUCAUUCAUUCAUUGAUCAUGCACUACCAAGCACUUGCCUCUAUACACUGGAAGCCCCAUGACCAGGCUGAUUUCCAGGUGCUAAGAAUGAACAAAAUGGGCCCUGUCCCCCAGAAGCCCCUGAGUCUUGUGCGGGAGGGGAGAUAUAUCCUCAUGCCACUAAUAAAACAGAGCUGUGGGUGAUAUGGGCCUAAGGGUGAAUGCUAAUGGAAUCAAGUCCAAAUUGUCUGACGCUGGAUCUAGACUGAUCACUUUGAUGCCAAAUCCCCUCGAGCUGGUAAUGGGCUAAGCCUUUGAUCGCUGUCUUGCUUGAAAGAGAGGAACUCUAAAACCUUUUACGGAGAAGGAUAGUCAAGGGAGCUUUUUUUGCUCUUGAAAGUUUGUGUGCCUUGGUAGGACAUAGAGUUAGGUAUUCUUGUAAGAAGGCUGUUGAAGAAGCAGGUCUAGCACUUUGCUGUGUUAACUCUUGAAAAUAUAAAUUGAUUUAGCAAGCAUUUAUUCAAGGUCUGGUAUGCAUCAGAUAUUAAUUGGUGAUUUGGAAAAUAUAAAGGCUCGUAUCCUAAUCCCAGCUCCUUAAAAGCUUAAAGGGUGAUGAGUUAGACUAGUGAUAGAAUGAAGGGAGGGAUUGAGGGAGGCCUGGCCCCCACCCCAGGCUGUGGGCUUUAGCUUGGAGCACUAGGGUUAUGAGGUGGCAAUGUGUUUGUUUUCUCUCUUUUUACCUUAUAUGUUUUAUUCUUUCAUUGUAUUUUAUGAACAUAAGGGUAAUGAAUGAUUUUAGAAGCUUUUAAAAUUCUAAAAAUUUGAAGAACCAGGUUAACAUUUUGGCCUUUUUUCCAGUGUAUGUUUUUUUUUUUUUUCUCUUGCCUCUAUUCUAAAUAACUGAGCUCAUACCAAAUAUACAGUUUUACUUUGAAGUUUUGUGUUUUUCUUCACUUCAUUAAUUUCUUCAUUAUAAAAUAAUUGAGUAUCUACAACUUGUGAGAUGCUGGUUUUAGAUGCUAGGAUGCAGCAGUGAAGGAAGCAAACUAAGUUCCCAUUCUUGUGGAUCUUCCAUUUGAAAGACAGAGAGUGGGCCAGGUGCAGUAGCUCACGCCUGUAAUCCCAGCACUUUGGGAGGCUGAGGCGGGUGAAUCACCUGAAGUUAGGAGUUGGAGACCAGCCUGACCAGCAUGAAAUCCUGUCUUUACUAAAAAUACAAAAAUAAGCCAGGCAUGGUGGCAGGUGCCUGUAAUCCCAGCUACUCAGGAGGCUGAGGUAGGAGAAUUGAUUUAACCCAGGAGGUGAAGGUUGCAGUGAGCUGACAUCUCAUCACUGCACUCCAGCCUGGGCAACAGAGCGAGCCUCCAUCUCAAAAAAAAAAAAAGAAAAGAAAAAGGAGAGUGUGAAUUGACAAUAAGCCAAUACAUAAACUAUUUCAGGCACUGGUAAGAACUCUGGAAAAAAGUAAAGCAGGAUGAGGAUUGUGUAGUAAAAGGAAGAUCUCCUUUACAGGAGGAAGCCGGGCAGGGAGCCAUGCAGAUACCUGGAGAAGUACAUUCCAGGCAGAGCAGGUGGUCAGUCCAGCCCACACAAUGAGGCAAGAGUGUGCUUGGGGUGUGGGAAGAAUAGCAAGGGGCCAUUGUGCCUGGAGUCUGUGCCCAAAAGUGUGGUGCAAGCUGCCUUGUAGAGAGGUAGCAGGGACCAGAUUGAAUAGCACAUUGUAGCACAGAUAUUUGAGGGAUAUGUAAUUUGAAACUCUUAUCCCAAUGACAUGAUUAAUGAAAGAGUAUCCAAUGUAAGAUUUGGCAGCAAACAGUAUGGCAUUGCAAACUUUUGAACCAGGACCCUUCAUGAUUGAAAUAGCACAUUCCUAUUUAGAGAGGAUUACAAUUUAAUUUUUUAAAGUCCUGUGUAAUAAUGCUGCCUUUCACAUUCAUAGUUUUCUAAAAUUCUGAAUUAUUGAAUAAUCCCCAUUUAAAUAAUCCUAACACAAUUGGGAAGCUGCUUACCAGUAAAGUCAGAAGUUGACCCUAGUGGUUUCUACUUUACUGGGAGCUUAUGGGCAGACUCCAGGAGUAUCUGUUACGUGAUCACUGCUGUUCUGUAGUGGCCCAGUGGAGCUGGUUAGGCAGAUUCUCAGCAGGGUAGAGCCUCUUGCUUAAUGAACACAGCAGCUUAGCCAGACUGAAUUAAUUUAGAGUCCUUGGCCCAGAAAGUUUUCCUGGUUCUACUGGUAGAAAAAGGCAAAUCACACAUAACAAAAUACUUUGUUUCUAGGAUUAGUUAAAAACAAAACCAAAAUCUCUUAUAUCUUCGUUAUAAUGUAACUCCUUAAGAAAAGGAUUUUCAUCCUUUUUUUUUUUUUUUUUAACUUGUGUAUCCUCCAGUACCUAAAAUUAUGCCUAGCAUCUAUUAGGGUUUCAAAAAUAGUUGUUUUUAGUGAACGAAGGUCACAUUUUAGGACCUUUAUGUAUUUUGUCUGGAUUUCCUACAUCCCUUCAUUCGUAAUACUUAGAAUCAGCCUUGAGGUUCAGAAGGACCCUGGAGCUGAACAAUUAGUUACAGAAUGCUAGAGAUCCUAUAAUUCCUUGAGUAUCACCAACAUAUGGCCUCAAGGCAUGGUAUAGACCAUAGAAAUGUUUAACCCUCAUAAUAAUAUUAGCCAGAAAACAUCCUUCACAAACAGAAACUCUAGAUUCCAGCGAACAAAGCCCACCCCGAGAGUCCUGCCCUUUUGAAAGUGGAGUUAGUUCAGGAUGGCUGAGAGUGUUGGGCCACAGGAAUUAAUAAAUAAACACCCACCCACAAAGGUUUGCGUGUAAGGUGGACCAAGUUGAUAGAGCCUUUUUUUUUUUUUUUUUUUUUAAACAGAUUUUUUGGUUAAAAGUGGAAUGUUAACCAUGUGUCGACUCCAGGAAUAUGUUUCAAUAAUUCAUUCAUCGUUUGGGAAAAUAAAAAUGGAGAUCUUAAAGUAGGCAUAUUAAUUUAGAUUAGUUCCUUUUUAAACAGGCGCUUUAUAAUUCAGAAAGUUUAUUUAAACACUCAUAAAUGAAUUACAUCAACUCAUGCUCCAUCUAUUAUUCCAUUACAGACUGGGAAAUAAUUCCAGAUAAUCUAUAUGUAAAUGGCAAUGACUCUAAUCAAAAAGGUCGAAAGGAUCUCAGUUUAUCAACUGUUAAUUUCUUCACUUUGGAGAGGACACUCAUUCUCUUUCUUCUUGCUUUGAGCCAUCUCUUAAUAAAGAAAAAGGAUCCUGGGGCAGUUUGCUAAUAGAGAAGGCUAUGAAAACCAUUGUUAAUAUAUAGUUAGGGCAUAAUUUGAAUGACUUCCUGUAAAUGAGUUUUUACUAAUUAAUAUUUUCAAUAGAGAUUCUCAGCAUUCUUCAGAAAGAUGACUUUGUUCCUGCCACUGUAUGUGUAAUGUGGCUCCUGUAUAUUUAUGACUUAGAGUCAUGUUUUGGCCUGUGAAGCACAAAAACCUUUCUGGAGCCAAGUUUUGUCAAUGCUAAUACAUGCCCUUUACAGCCCACAUUCCUUAAUUGCAACAAAACACUCGCCUGAUAGGUGAGCAGUCCUCACACCCUUAUGAGAGAGGUAAGGUCAUUGGUUAGUUUCCAUGAAGUUUGGAACGCUCUUCCACAUGAAGUUGCAGAAGUCCUGACAAGCCAGCUGAGAUGUGCCUUGAGGUUGGGGCUGUUCUGGAAAAGGAAUAAGGAGCAGGAGUCCAGCCCAGAGGCAGCUCCUGUGGCUGUUGGGUGUUUUACUCUUGAGUCUGUCAAGAACAGUAAACGUGACCCAUGUCAUCAGAGCAGUGGCCGAGAUUCCCUGGUAAGGUGAGUGUCCUCACAGACCAAGUAGAAGCCCAGGGAGAGAAGAUUCGAGACCUGGAAGUGUGUCUGGAAGGACACCAGGUGAAACUCAAUGCUGCUGAAGAGAUGCUUCAACAGGAGCUGCUAAGCCGCACAUCUCUUGAGACCCAGAAGCUUGAUCUGAUGACUGAAGUGUCUGAGCUGAAGCUCAAGCUGGUUGGCAUGGAGAAGGAGCAGAGAGAGCAGGAGGAGAAGCAGAGAAAAGCAGAGUCGGUUCUGAAUGUGAUCAGUGAGCUGCAGGAGCAGAUGUGUAGGCUGCAGCUGGACAUCCACAGGCAGAUUCAAGAGCGCCUGUUACACAGUAGGGACCACCCUGAGGAGGUAGCGGCCAGUGACGGUGUGGCCGAGUCCCAGUCCUGCGGCCAGGACUGUGCCUGUUGGGAGGGGUCACCUGAGUUACUGCAAGAGCUCAGGCACCUCAAAAUCAAAGUGGAAGAAUUGGAAAAUGAACGGAAUCAGUAUGAAUGGAAGCUAAAGGCCACUAAGGCUGAAGUCGCCCAGCUGCAAGAACAGGUGGCCCUGAAAGAUGCAGAAAUUGAGCGUCUGCACAGCCAGCUGUCCCGGACAGCAGCUCUCCACGGUGACCACACAGAGAGAGACCAAGAAAUUCAACGUCUGAAAAUGGGGAUGGAAACUUUGCUGCUUGCCAAUGAAGAUAAGGACCGUCGGAUAGAGGAGCUUACGGGGCUGUUAAACCAGUACCGGAAGGUAAAGGAGAUUGUGGUGGUCACUCAAGGGCCUUCAGAGAGAACUCUCUCAAUCAAUGAAGAAGAACUAGAGGGAGGUUUCAGAAAGUGGAACACUACAAAUAAGGGCCCUGAAGAAUUAUUUAAACAAGAGAUGCCUCCGAGAUGUAGCUCUCCUACAGCGGGGCCACCUCCAUUGCCACAGAAAUCACUGGAAGCCAGGGCUCAGAAAAAGCUCUCUUGUAGUCUAGAAGACUUGAGAAGUGAAUCUAUGGAUAAGUGUAUGGAUGGGAACCAGCCCUUCCCGGUGGUAGAACCCAAGGACAGCCCUUUCUUGGCGGAGCACAAAUAUCCCACUUUACCUGGGAAGCUUUCGGGACCCAUGCCCAAUGGAGAGGCUGCCAAAUCUCCUCCCACUGUCUGCCAGCCUGACGCCACGGGGAGCAGCCUGCUGAGGCUGAAUCGUGGCCGGAGUGUCAGUGCCCCCGUAUUAGGAGACACAGAAAGUGGCUGGGAUGACACUGCUGUGGUCAAUGAUCUCUCAUCCACAUCAUCGGGCACUGAAUCAGGUCCUCAGUCUCCUCUAACACCAGAUGGUAAACGGAAUCCCAAAGGCAUUAAGAAGUUCUGGGGAAAAAUCCGAAGAACUCAGUCAGGAAAUUUCAACACUGACACGCUGGGGAUGGCAGAGUUUCGACGAGGUGGGCUCCGGGCAACCGCAGGGCCAAGACUCUCUAGGACCAGGGACUCCAAGGGACAGAAAAGUGACGCCAAUGCCCCCUUUGCCCAGUGGAGCACAGAGCGUGUGUGUGCAUGGCUGGAGGACUUUGGCCUGGCUCAGUAUGUGAUCUUUGCCAGGCAGUGGGUAUCUUCUGGCCACACUUUAUUGACAGCCACCCCUCAGGACAUGGAAAAGGAGCUAGGAAUUAAGCACCCUCUCCACAGGAAGAAGCUUGUUUUAGCAGUGAAAGCCAUCAACACCAAACAGGAGGAGAAGUCUGCACUGCUAGACCACAUUUGGGUGACACGGUGGCUUGAUGAUAUUGGCUUACCCCAGUACAAAGACCAGUUUCAUGAAUCUAGAGUUGACGGACGAAUGCUGCAAUACCUAACUGUGAAUGAUUUACUCUUCUUAAAAGUCACCAGCCAACUACAUCAUCUGAGCAUCAAAUGUGCCAUUCACGUGCUGCAUGUCAACAAGUUCAACCCCCACUGCCUGCACCGGCGGCCAGCUGAUGAGAGUAACCUUUCUCCUUCAGAAGUUGUACAGUGGUCCAACCACAGAGUGAUGGAGUGGUUGCGAUCUGUGGACCUGGCAGAGUAUGCACCCAAUCUUCGAGGGAGUGGAGUCCAUGGAGGCCUUAUUAUCCUGGAGCCGCGCUUCACUGGGGACACCCUGGCUAUGCUUCUCAAUAUCCCCCCACAAAAGACGCUCCUCAGGCGCCACCUGACCACCAAGUUCAAUGCCCUGAUUGGUCCAGAGGCUGAACAGGAAAAGCGAGAGAAGAUGGCCUCACCAGCCUACACACCACUGACCACCACAGCCAAAGUCCGGCCAAGGAAACUAGGAUUUUCACACUUUGGAAACAUAAGAAAAAAGAAGUUUGAUGAAUCGACGGACUACAUUUGCCCAAUGGAGCCUAGUGACGGUGUCAGUGACAGUCAUAGGGUCUACAGUGGCUACCGGGACCUCAGCCCCCUUGAUGCCCCUGAACUGGAUGGGCUGGACCAGAUGGCACCUUCGGAAGGUACCGUGACGCAAAUAGGGCUCCUCUCCCAAGACAUUCACCGCCUUACGACAAUGCUGAGCCAGGACCAGCUGCUGAAUGACUCUCGCCUGCCUGCCCCCGACUCUGAUGACUGGAGAUGACUUUCUUCAUGGCUGAGAGCGUAGGGAGGCAUGUGUGGGGGCCCAGAGCCUUUGCUUCUGUGGGGAGCUGGCACACAGCCCUCUCUGCAAGCCCAGUCUGGGCUGGCAGGGUGUCUCAGACAGGGUGCCGACAGGCACGAAGCAGAGCUGUGGGACAGGUGUCCAGGGGUGGCCCCAGGGUCCGUGCGUGUCUUCAACCAUGCUGCGCUCUUCACCGCAGGCUUCAUACCUUUUGUACUUUUAUACAUGGUCUGCGGACCACUUUUGUGGGAGGGCAGUGAGAUAUCAGCACGCAGACUAGAUGGCUCAUGCUAUUCCUGGUGACAUCCUGGAGGCUCUCACACCCGAGGAGGAGAGCUGUUAGUUAAUAAAACCUGCUGGAAAAAAAGUUCCGAAAAACUG